UAAGAGAAACUAAUAUACUGAAAUGUCAAAUGUUGAUAAUGAAAUUUAAUUUUGAUGAUGAUGUUGAAAUUUAGUAGUCCUAUAUAUAUUUUUCAGCUUUUGAUUUUUGUAAUUUGCAAUGCAGGGGACCAUGUGGUUCUGAUUUGAUGUAAAUGUGAGUCUAUGUUUUUGUUCUUUUAGUUCCAUUUUUCUUGAAGGUGAGGAUAUAAAUAUGAGCAUUUCACAUGCUGCUGAUUCUAUUGGUUUGAAAGAGAUACCAAGAUAUGAAGUUAAAAUUAUUGAGGAGGAUGACUGGAUGAAAGGAGCUCAGAACAUAUGUCAGAUAUGAAUUUGAAUGUCUUCCUGGCUACAUGAAGGGUCUAGCGACAUGGGAGCGGUUAAGAGCAAUAUAUGAACUCAGGUGGGAGAUAGAGCCUCUGGAUUUGUCUUUCGUAUCUGGGAUUUUUUCAUUUAGCAGACUCUGAUCUUAUGGCACUUGACAGGUUAAAUUCUCCAACCACAUUUGAAAUGCCACUGGAGGUUUUGGGCCAUGAAUUGCAGUUUACUCAGGAUCCCAAUUCAAAGCACUUAGGAACAAAAGUGUGGGAUUCAUCACUUGUUUUUGCCAAAUUUCUUGAACGGAAUUGCAGAAAGGGAAGGUUUUCUCCAGCUAAACUUAAAGGAAAACGUGUAAUUGAACUUGGAGCUGGCUAUGGUGUUUCUGGUUUUGGUAAUGUUACAAAUGAUUUUUAA